GAGACGCUGAUUGGGUGUCCAUUCAGCCCGGAGAACCGGAAGUAGUCUCAGAAGGGGAGAAGGCAAACUGAUAUUUUCGUUUAAUGCAGCCUACUAUUAGUCUGUGAGCUAUGCAAGUGUCUUAUGAAAUGUGUAAUUGUAUUCGUGGAUGGUCUUCGUCGACAUGAGCUUGGUUUAGGAUGUCAAGGGAGGAUAUUGAAAUUGCCGGUGGAUAAAGACGUCCCAUACAUUUCCAUAUUCUCUGUCUUAGGCCUUCGAAUGUCUUUGACACUGACAGCUAUGAGUGACAGCGCCAUGACCAGCAGGCACCAACAGUGGUCAGGGGUUGGGCAAACGCAGCCGCCUCCCCGUGGCCCCUAUAUCUCAGUCAUCACCAACAGAACCACCAACCUUGUGAUACGAGGAGCCAUGCUGUUCUCUGUGGGUGUCUUCCUGGCCCUGGUGCUGAACUUACUUCAAGUACAGAGAAACGUAACUCUCUUUCCCCCUGAUGUCAUCAGCAGUAUCUUCUCUUCCGCCUGGUGGGUGCCACCCUGCUGUGGCAUGGCCUCAGCAAUGAUUGGACUGCUGUACCCCUGCAUCGACAGACAUCUGGGUGAGCCACACAAGUUCAAGCGAGAAUGGUCAAGUGUGAUGCGCUGUGUGGCUGUGUUUGUGGGAAUCAACCACGCCAGUGCUAAAGUGGACUUUGCAAACAACAUCCAGCUGUCUCUGACUCUGGCAGCGCUCUCCAUUGGUCUGUGGUGGACAUUUGACCGCUCACGUAGUGGCUUCGGCUUGGGGAUCAGCAUAGCCCUGCUGGCAACACUGGCCACUCAACUCCUGGUUUACAAUGGAGUCUUUCAGUGCGGUGGUGAGCUGUCCAUGGCCGUGCCUCCGCCGAGUCAUCAGGGAAAGAUGGCACACACCUGUGAAGGGGAGAGAGACAAGGGAAGGGGGAGAGAAACUGGGCAGCACAGAGGAGCUGUGACAGUACCGAAGAGGGGUGGGGUCCAGGAUGAGGAGCAGAGAGAUCCAGGCGCGCUCCUCGGGACCGUACCCAUCCCAGUCCACCAGGUACACUUCUCCAGAUUUCCUGUACAUUCGCUCCUGGUUACCUUGUAUCUUCUUUGCAGGGGUGAUAACGAUGGGGAACAUAGGACGGCAGCUAGCCUUGUAUGAAUAUAAGUUCAUUCAAGAAAAGAACCAUCAGGACUGAGGAAUCACUUGGUUCCAUUUGGCCUCUACUCACAAUGGCAUUGUCUCUGUACCAACCUGAAGCCAGUUACAGGUUAUCAGAGAAAAUCUGAGGCUUACACCAGACCAGGACCCAGCCAUGUCAAAUGAGCCCCACUCCUGAUUGGCUGCCCAUUGCUUUUCGUUGGACCAGACAGUAUUUUUGAAUGGUUUUCAUCAGGCCAUUCAGAGCUUGGAGCGGUUAGUGGCUACAGUGUAACAUGAGAGAAUUUGUUGUGUUUUUUCUUUGGUGCAGUUCAUCUUUACUCAUCUGGAAAGAGAUUAGCAGCGAAGCGUCUGUCGUUCUUCAGAUCAGCUCAGAUGUUAAAAAUCUUUGGCUACAUUAUGCCAAACAAACUCUUAUCACCUAAGUCUGUCAAAUCCUUCCUGAAUCAGUGGAGAACAUGCAACUUAUUGAAUUUAUAUCGAGAAAGAUAUGCAUUUACACCAGACCUUGUAUUGUAUGUAAUUACCUUAUAUCUAUACUUUAACUUUCUUGAUAAGGGAAGGAUGCUGUGUACUGUAUGUGCAGUGUUCACCUUCAGUGGAUUUUUCGACCUAACCACACUGAUACGUAUAUAUCAUAGGAUUCAAAUGAAAGGUUAAAUGAAUAAAGACAGCUUUUUUA